GUCCUGGGCGGGGCGGCUCCGGCGGCCCCGCCCCGCCCGGUUGAGGAGCAGUGGCCGCGCAGGGAGGGCCAGGUCCCGGGAUGCCACACACAACCCAGCUGUACCAGCAUGUGCCGGAGACGCGCUGGCCCAUUGUGUACUCACCGCGCUACAACAUAACCUUCAUGGGCCUGGAAAAGCUGCACCCCUUUGAUGCAGGAAAAUGGGGCAAAGUGAUCAGCUUCCUCAAAGAGGAGAAGCUUCUCACAGACAGCAUGCUGGUGGAGGCACGGGAGGCCUCGGAUGAAGACUUGCUAGUGGUGCACACGAGGCGCUACCUCAACGAGCUGAAGUGGUCCUUUGCUGUGGCAACCAUCACGGAAAUCCCCCCUGUCAUCUUCCUGCCCAACUUCCUGGUGCAAAGGAAGGUGCUGAAGCCCCUCAGGACCCAGACAGGAGGAACCAUAAUGAAUUGCAGAGGGGCUCAGGCAACCUGGAGUUUGCUGGGAGUGGGUGCUUCCUAUACCCACCUCUCAGCUCCCCCCACCUUGGAGCGGGCUGCAAACCGUGUUUGUGGGGCAGGGAAGCUGGCAGUGGAGCGAGGCUGGGCCAUCAAUGUAGGUGGCGGCUUCCACCAUUGCUCCAGUGACCGGGGUGGGGGCUUCUGCGCCUACGCGGACAUCACGCUUGCCAUCAAGUUUCUGUUUGAGCGAGUGGAAGGUAUCUCCAGAGCCACCAUCAUCGAUCUCGAUGCCCACCAGGGCAAUGGACACGAGCGGGACUUCAUGGGUGACAAGCGCGUGUACAUCAUGGAUGUCUACAACCGCCACAUCUACCCUGGGGACCGCUUUGCCAAGCAGGCCAUCAGGCGCAAGGUGGAGCUGGAGUGGGCCACAGAAGAUGAUGAGUACCUGACGAAGGUGGAGAGGAACCUGGAGAAGGCGCUUCAGGAGCAUCGGCCCGACGUGGUGGUGUACAACGCAGGCACCGAUGUCUUGGAGGGAGACCGCCUCGGGGGGCUAUCCAUCAGCCCUCAGGGCAUCGUGAAGCGGGAUGAGCUGGUGUUCCGGAUGGUCCGAAGCCUCCAGGUGCCCAUCCUCAUGGUGACCUCGGGUGGGUACCAGAAGCGUACGGCCCGCAUCAUUGCUGACUCCAUCCUUAACUUAUAUGGCCUGGGCCUCAUCGGGCCCGAGUCGGCCAGCGUCUCAGCACAGAACUCAGACUCGCCUCUGCUGCCCCCCGAGGUGCCCUGACCACACUGCCCUCUGAGCGGCUCCCUGCCUGCCGCCCACCUGCCCACUGUCCCCAUCAGUGCUUCUUCUUUCCAACCGAGGGGUGGGGGCCUCACACAGCUCCACUCUCCCCACUGGGUGUUGGGGGUCUCCAGACCCCUCUGGGAGGGGGCAGACGGCAGGGCCCACGUCCCAGCAGGACCCCCACGGUCACGGCCAGGGCCAGAUCAGGCCCCAUGGAGGUACAGUUCUCUCAGGAGAACAGAGGGCAGGAGAGGCUCCCGGGCACAGGGAGGCCCCCAGGGUGGGGGGUUCUGGUUUCCAAAACCAGACCAAAGAGGCUUCAGUCUCUAGCAUGGCAGGGGCUUCCUCCCCUCUCCUCACCCCAGGUGUGGGGGGCCCAGGGCGGGGCUGGGGCCAGGCCUCCAGGGGUCCUGGGUUGCCAGCCAGCAGGCAGGAGCCCUGGUCUUGGCUGCGAGGGGGUAGGAAAGGAGUGCUGGUGGGUUUUCCCAUCUGACCAUCUCUUUCAGUAAAGCACAGGCUGGACCUGCUUCCCCAGAGCCUGUCCUGGUGAUGAGGGGAGGGGAGGCCUGAGGAGCCCAAGGCCCUCGCUGCCUUGCUGGGCCCAACCAGGGAGAGCGGGUUUUGGGGGAGGAAUGCUUGGCUCAGGGACAGGCCUCAGCUCUGAGGCUUGAGGGGGCGGAUGGGAGAUGGGGAAGGGGCAGGUGGCAGCACCUGAGGCCCAGGUGGGGACAGAGACGCUGGUGAGGCCUGCUGGCAUUGCUGGAGGGAGCAGAGGGUCUCCAUCUUGGCCUGAGUCUGUGAGGAAGGGCCUGGGGCGGGGCCCUGGGUGGGGCUGCAGCCUCGACCCGCCUCACCCAAAAUGCCAGGCCCUGGUUGUGCCUCCAGGACCCCAGGUGGGCCCUGACCUAUUCUCAGUUUUACUCUGAAGCAGAUGCUCAGCGCCCCCUCCCCUGGAAGCUGGGUUAGGGGGAGUGUCCACCGCUCCAUUGUCUGGGGUGUUCUUAGUGCUCAGAGACGGUGGGGAGGGAAGGCUGCCUCUGUACAAGCCCCCCAUGGGACUCACGCUCUUGCCCCUGGGGGUUUCCUGAAUUCUUCUGCUUUCUCCCCACACCCCCUCGCUGCCCCCUCUGACUGGGGGGGGGGGAUUGGGAAGGGUUCCAAGAUCACCUGUGAAAAGCGCUGACCACCUGGACUAGACCUGGGGCACUAAUCCUGGUACAGAUACCUCCCCGCUGCCGCGCCACCCGUCCUGUCCUCGGUCUCUGCAUCUGACUCCAGGCACCUCACACCCCUUGAUCUCCAACCCGGGCCUGAGACCUCAGGGGCAGGUGGUGGAUGGGCUUGUCCCCAUGGGGCCUCUUCCAGAGAACCAUAAAGGCUCAUCCUGA